AUGCAGCUCACUCACCUGUGCUUCAUCAUGCCCUCAGAUUAUGAUAAACUAGAGCCACUUCACGCAACCCCACAAAAACAUAAAGAGACACAAAAAAAAGUUAAGGCCAAAAAAGAUCCUCAAGAGGCAUGUGGAGGCCAUGUUGUUGCUACCCUUCAUGGCUCCUUGAUAAGGUUGUGUGACACAAAGUGGUGGAACUGUCACUGGAAUCUAUGCCAACAUGGUGCAAGAGAAACCAAGCCGAUCAAGGCCUCAUCAUGUUCGUUUCAUGACAUGGAGGGCGUGCAACUCUCUUCCAAGAUUGAAAAUAGCAACAAUCCAAGGAUUUUCAGCUAUGCUGAACUGUACAUAGGGUCAAGGGGUUUCUCUGAGGAGGAGGUUCUAGGCAGUGGAGGGUUUGGCAAAGUGUACAAAGCUGUUAUGCCUAGUGAUGGAACAGUGGUGGCUGUGAAGUGUUGCUUGGCAGGGAAAGGUGGCCAGUUUGAGAAGACUUUUGCAGCAGAACUAGCGGCCGUGGCACACCUUCGCCACAAGAACCUUGUUCCCUUGAGGGGUUGGUGUUUUUUCGAGGAUCAACUUUUCCUUGUGUAUGACUACAUGCCUAAUCUCAGCCUUGACCGGGUGCUGUUUCGCAAGAACAUGAAGGAAGAGCCACUUGGAUGGUUGAGGCGUGGGAAAAUUGUGAAGGGUUUGGCAUGUGCAUUGCAUUAUUUACAUGAGCAGUUGGAGACUCAAAUCAUUCAUAGGGAUGUGAAGACCAGCAAUGUGAUGCUUGAUUCCCACUACAAUGCUAGGUUGGGGGACUUUGGCUUGGCAAGGUGGCUUGAGCAUGAGCUUGAGUAUGAGUAUGAGACAAGGAAAACAUCAACAUCAAGCAAGUUUGAGCAUUUCAGGUUGAGUGAGACUACAAGGAUAGGUGGCACAAUUGGGUACUUGCCCCCUGAGAGCUUCCAGAGAAGGAGCAUUGCUACCUCAAAAUCUGAUGUUUUCAGCUUUGGAAUAGUUGUGUUGGAGGUGGUGGCUGGCAGGAGGGCCAUUGAUCUCACAUACCCUGAUGAGAAAAUCAUCUUGCUUGAUUGGGUCAGAAGGCUUAGUGAUGAAGGUAGGCUUGUUGAUGCUAGGGACACAAGGCUGAUAGACGGUUCCUAUAAGGUUUUUGACAUGGAGCAAUUGAUUCACAUAAGCCUCUUGUGCACACUCCAUGACCCUCAAUUGAGGCCAAGCAUGAAAUGGAUUGUUGAAGCACUUUCUGACAUAUCAAACAACUUGCCAACGCUCCCUUCAUUUCACUCGCAUCCUAUGUACAUAUCUCUGUCCUCCUCAUCUGAGACUAGUCCAAGCAGCUCAAAAGGCACUGGCUCAGGCACAGGAACAGAAAGUUCUACCAAUCUUACUAGUUUCAAUUCCAAAUAUGUCACAGCUGCAGGAGAUACUAUAUAUGUAACUGCUGAAGCGGAACACAGAGACAGUGGAACUAACUCUUCAAAGAGUAGGAAAAAAAGGAUGCAUCAGCAGCCAUCAUUUUCAUUGGUUGAAACACCUAGGGAGAUACCAUUCAAGGAGAUAGUUUUGGCCACAGAUAACUUCUCAGAGUCCAAAAGGGUGGCUGAGUUAGACUUUGGAACUGCUUACCAUGGCAUCCUAGAUGGCCACUACCAUGUCAUGGUGAAACGCCUUGGCUUGAAGACAUGCCCAGCAUUGCGGCAAAGAUUUUCCAAUGAGCUAAGAAACCUGGCAAAACUGCGGCACAGGAAUUUGGUGCAGCUCAGAGGGUGGUGCACUGAGCAAGGAGAGAUGCUUGUGGUGUAUGAUUACUCAGCUAAAAGAUUUCUCAGUCACCAACUUCACCAUCAUAACAAUAGUACUAAAAAUGUUCAUUCUGUCCUCAAAUGGCAUCAUAGGUAUAACAUAGCGAAAUCACUUGCGUCUGCACUUCUCUAUCUGCACGAGGAAUGGGAUGAACAAGUCAUUCAUAGGAACAUAACCUCUUCAGCAGUGACUCUUGAACCUGACAUGACCCCAAGGCUAGGUAGUUUUGCUCUGGCCGAGUUUCUGUCAAGGAAUGAGCAUGGCCAUCAUGUAAUCACCACCAGGAACAAGUCUGUUUGUGGGAUUUACGGCUACAUGUCACCGGAAUAUGUGGAAUCUGGCGAGGCAACCGUGGCUGCUGAUGUUUAUAGUUUUGGUGUGGUGGUUCUUGAGAUUGUGAGUGGACUUAAGGCUGUGGAUUUUAGGCAACCUGAGGUGCUUUUGGUAAAGAAAGUUCAUGAAUUUGAGAUGAGAAAACGAUCACUUGAGGCACUGGCAGACAUAAGACUAAAUGGAGAGUACAAUUACAAGGAGUUAAUGAGAUUGAUAAGGUUAGGAGUUGCAUGCACCCGUUCUGAUCCAAAAUUAAGACCAAGCACAAGACAGAUAGUGAGCAUCCUUGAUGGCAACGAGAAAUUAAUCAUGGGGGAGAACAUGGAAAGCAGAGAAGAUUGGAGAGAAACAAAUGCUUGCUCCUUGUCACUGGUUAAGAGGAUCCAAGCUCUAGGAAUACAAUGA